UGGUUGUUGAGGUUUUGAAUCUUUAACUCUCUAAGUUUAGCAGCUAUCGUGCUUCUGCUAAAUUAUGUUAUUAUGGACAGCAAUUCUGCCUUUUAUCUCUUGUGAAUAAGUGUUCCUACAGUACAAAGGUAUCCUGCUUGAACUGCCGAGAUGAAGUGUUUGAAAGUGGACGAAUACAUCAAGCGGACUGCUUCUGUGACGGAAACGGAGCUUUUACUUCAAGAACUAGAGAGUUAUGUGAAGAGGCGACCAGACCUUCAAGGACGCUCACUUCGCACACUGUGUGACAGGGUCAUCAGAGCUUGUAACCAUCAACUUGGAGUUGGAUCCCCUGAUUUUGACCAUGUCAGUCAGUUGGUGCAGCUGGUGGAGCUUUCCCUACAUGGCUAUGAUAUUUCUGCAUCACUUGCUGCUCAGAGCAGUCCUCUGUACAUGGAAAAGAUCAUUUUCCAUAUUCUCAAGAAGCUAAGCUCCAUAGAAGCCCACAGUCUUUGCAGCCAUGUUGCUAGGUUGCUUUACAGUAGGCUUAACCAAGACCAACAGGCUGAGGACUACUGUGUUCUUGUGCGGAGCUGCUUCUCAGUACUCUGGAAUGGACUAUCUGCCACCAAAGGCAGGAAAAAUGUGACUCCCCGUGACAAACUCCAUUACCAGAUGCAAGCUCUUAGCUUCCUUCUGUUGUUGGACACAGAAAAUGCAGCUCCCUCUAUCUCCAAAGCUCCCAUAUACACAGAGGAUGCCAUCACUGAAUUUGAGAGUUGCUGUGGAGCGAUAACCAAGGACGGUGCUGCUCUUCUCCUCCAGGAAAUGCAUACACUUUUCAGUAGAUGCUGGACUGGUGGUCGUGUCUGUGAGGAGGAUGGGCCCAAGCAGUCCACUGACACAUCAGGUUUAUAUGUGCUUUCGGAAAUGGUGCUGAUUAUGGUGAAGGUGCUUUGCAAGGCCGGCCACUAUGAUCUGGCCUCCACCUUCUUGAAUGAAAUUGAGAGCAAGAUCAGGGACUGUGGUGACCGUCAGUGUAUAGCCGUGGUGCUCGGCAAAUGGGCAGUAAAAAUUCAUUCUACAAUGAAGGCUGGUGGGGAGAGUGGCCAGGCUUUGACAGAGUGUGCCAGGGCCCUGAGGUCUCUUUCAGCUGACCUGGGGGUCCAAGAAGCUCACUCAGUUGUUGAAGGUUGUGGAUUGGUGGUGUGGGCUGUUGAAAGUGGCCACAGCAAGGGAUUAAGCGGACCCGUGCUCCUGGCUUGGUUCUCUUUUCUUGAGGAGCAACAAGAACGAAUAUUCAAGAUGAUAAAGACGAAUUCAACAUGCCAGACUGAGUGCAGCAGACUGCAACAGGUCCUUUGCUUCAGUAUUUACCAAGGUUUCGUAUUUGCUUAUGAGAGCAUGCUCGUAUCACAGCUGGAGGACAGUGACACGCUGGACAGAGUGCUGCUGUACUGCCAGGCCACAGCUGGACUCAUGAUGACUGAACUGCGCAAACUGUCAAGUGAAAACCUUCUCAACAAAGCAGUGAUUGCUGUGAGCAACUUAGCGUGCGGAUUGUACAACCGGCAUCUGUAUGACCAGGCCUUCACGCUAGUUGAGAUUCUCUGCAGGGAUCUAUGUAAGAACUGCCCUGUCUCACUCUCUGUCGAUAGGUUGAGCCGGCCCUUCAUGUUGGCCGUGCAGACAUCACGGCGGGCUGGACAACUGGAGCGAGCGCUGGACUGGGUGAUUGUGUGGUUGAAGGCUCUGGGGGACAAAAUCACUACUCAUAUGGCUGAACCAGUCUCGCUGUGGGUGAAAACGAAGGCUGACGCAGCCCGUAACUCUGAGGAGGACAUUCGUCUCAGGACAUUACAUGAUGGUUUUGGUUUGGACGUCCCUGAUGAGAAAGUAAUGCUCUGCCUCUUGGAAGAAGAGCUGCGUGCCUAUAAGGAGGUGGCAGGGGACACUGCCCAGGAGCGUUACAACACUCUCUGUGAUCUGUUAGACAUCUGCCACGAAGAGAGCUCCCAAACCCAUCUACGUGCUGUCUACCUCUGUGAGAUGGCCCAGAUUGUGUGUUACCAGGAUUUCAGUGAACAGACUGACUGCACAGCAGUUGAUUUUACCCAAGAAGCUUUACGACUACUUGAAGGAGAACCAGAGACUCCAGAGAAUGCAGACAGACUGAAGGAUGACAAGGCCCAUGCUUUACUUUGGCUCUAUAUCUGCACUCUGGAAAAGAAUCUUCAAGAGGCCAUUGAAAGAGAUAAAAAACAGCAAGAGUUGCGGGAACAAUCACGGAGUGUGGCCAAUCACAUAGGAACCAAUGAUUUUGAUUAUGAAGACAAGCACAAGACACAAGACAGCAUCCUGGUCUAUGAAGGCCUGCAUUUCAGCCUGGCUGAAGAGAACAAGUUGUGCCAGCCUUUGGAAAGAGCACUGGCCAAGUGGUCUGCUCUUCUGCAGAGUCCAGUCCUGCCUUCUGUCAGAAACCCCAAACAGACCUGUAGCUCCAUUGCUGUGACGGCAGCUCUCUUCAAACUUAUGGGAAAGCCUCUAAAGGCUUUGGAAGCUUACCAACUUACAAUUAGACUUUCACGUCAACUUGCUGAUGCCCAUGGAUGUGCCAGCUCCCUCUGUCAAUCAGCCAGCAUACUUCUGGAUAUGGGCACACCUGAACUGGCUAUGGCCCAGCUAGAACAAGCAGAAACAUUUCUCAGCUCAUGUUCUUCUGCUGAGGGUCCUUCUUCUCUCUCUAUGCUGGCUGUUCUGUUGAAAGCUCAGUACUGCUACAGCACAGGACAGGUGGAUCUUGGGGUGCCUUAUCUGUGUGAGGUGCUUAAAGAAGUGAAUGAGCCGAGGCAGUCAAAGAGCUGGUACCUGCUGCGUGCUCGGACCCUCCAGACCUGCAGCUCCUAUCUGAGUUUGGACACGGCUGCGCUGCCACAAGCCCAGCGGGGCCGUAUCACACAGCAUGGUAUAAAAAGCCCAGACACUGCCCUGUAUGAGAGUCUGAAGCUACUCUGCAGCCUACUGGUCACUUUAGUGGGAAGGGGUCUAUAUGGCACUAAUAGCAGCAGCUCAGAGAUGCGCUUCAUCAACCAAGGGGAUAACCUGCUACUGAAGUGGCAGCUGCUGUCAGAGCUGUUAAACUGCUCUAUGAAGAUGGUGACUGUGAGAAGCAGCUGUGGGGCCAUGAAUGAUGCCAGGCUUCAAUGUCUAGAAGCACUCAAACUGGCCAUCAAGCUGCAAGCACUCAGCCAAUGUGCUGAGCUGCUGGUGAUGAAAGCUGAGUUGGAGCUGUUGCAGGGCGAUGGAGAGGAAAGUAGAAUUGAUUUGGACAAAGUCAGAAACCUUCUGGAGCUUUGCACAGAUUAUUCUGACCAAGUGCAGAAGGAAGAGGUGAAAAUCAAACCUAGGAAAGGUCGUCCAGCACAGAAGUCUCAGUCUCCCCUUCCUACCUUAGAGGAUGAUUUUAAGGGUAUCCUGAGCACUAGGUGGAUUGCCAAAGAACCUGUAGUGAGUGAUCUGGCCAGCUCCCCACCUCUCAAAGUCAAGCCUCGCCGCUGGCUCUCCUCCCUGGCACAUGAACCUGACUGCCAGUGCCCCUGCUGCUCUGAGCCUUGUCUGGGCCGGGCCACUGCUCGCUGGGCAGCUACACAGGCUGAUCUGAUUCUUAAGAUGAAUCCCGAAGAAGCCAGAGUCAGUUUGAAACUACAAUGGGUGACAUUAGCCCGCUGUAAGAGUGUUUCUGCCAAACUUGGGGCAAAAUUGGCUAAACUCUUCCCUCCCUGUGGUCCUGCAAAAGGCUUACCUAAACCCUCCCUGAUGCAGGAUGUGGUGGGGCGCAUGUACCUUCGCAUGGCCCUGUCUGGGCUGGAACCAAGGCAUAACAAGGUCUGUGAUAUAUGGAAAGUACUGGAGGCUGGCUUAGCAUUUGUUGAUUCCACACCCUCUCCUGCGCUAAGACCUGUGAGAGCAGGCCUGAUGGCAACCCAAGCCGUAGUGACAUUGGUUACUUUGGCUGCCAAAAAGGGCUGCACCCCAGAGGAGCUCUUCUCAAAUGUUUGGACUUGGAAUCCACCAAAAGCUGCCACAGAGCUUAAAUCAGAACAGAAAAGCGUGCCUCCCUCGUCCUUGCUCAAGAAACCUAAAGAGUCCAUUAAAAACCCGGAUAUUCCUGACAAAACAAAGGAGGCAAAGAAGGUCAGGGCUGUCAAGCCCAAAAUUCAAGUGACAAGCUCCUCAACCAAAGUAAAGGGACUGGUUCCCAUGACACCAGUGAUGGUUAAGUCAAAGCCCUCUGGUAGGGAGCUUGACUCUUUUGACUUUAACACAGUGGUGCCUACUUUAGCCUUCACUCCUGUUCAAAAGGUGAAAGCUCCUGCGUCAGUGCAGAAAGCAUCGAGGACUGCCUCUAAGUUUCAGUUUCAUGUGUAUGAAGAAUUGUCGCCAGCUCAAGACAAAGCCCGACCUGUGCCUGCUGCCCCCAGACGCACAAAGAAAUCACGUUUCAAGGUGGAGUUUAGCGAUGAGAGUGAUACAGAAGCCAAUGCCCAGGCAAAGCCCAAAGAAAAAACGGAUGUCCCUCAAAAGCGAACCACCACAAGAAAAGCUGCCCAAAACAGUAGAACUGCCCCAGAUACACCUGUGGAGAAGGUCCCCGCCAAGAGACAGGCUAGGGGUAAGAAGAGCUGUGCAGUGCCUCGGACCACCUCCUCUGAGGAUGACGAGGCUUUGGUCUGCCGGGUGGCCUCAACCAGAAGAGGAAGAACCAGAAGGGAGGUGUCCAAGGCAGAGGCCGAUUCAAUGGAGGAGCCAGACAAAAUGAGGACCAUUGAAGAGGAAACCACCAAGGUUCUGAACAUAAGCAUUGAGCAGCUGAGGACAUCAGACACUGAGGCUGAAGACAAUCAUGCUUCAAGCAAAGAUAUUGACACAGAUUUUGAGGUGUUGCGGAGGGAUAUGUGUUGCGAUUGGAAGAGUGAAGACUUGUCCGUACUGAGGAACAGAGGUCAUCAGAUAGAAGGUCUACAAACCCACCUGUCUCAUUCAGACACCAGGCCAGAAAAUCUCUCUCUGGAAGAUACUCAGUCAUUGCUCCGCUCAGCCUGGUUGGCUCUUCAGCACUUCCCCUCCCCCACCAUCUACUCGACCCUCUGUGCUCUUCUGGCUUUGACCAUGGGACAGCAGGACCCAUUCACUACAGCAAUGCUGCAUGCCCAGUCCUUGGGCAUCACAAAUCGCCACCGCACAAUCAGGCAUUUAGCCAGUUGUCUUAAGAAGCUGACAAAGACAUCCAAUGAGUUAUCGGACAAGAUGGAUACUCUGAGUCUAGAUGACCUCAGUCGGAGCAAGCCCAAGAACUCUACUGAACAGAUGUUGUUGCAGUUGGAGAACAUCUUCUCCUUCCCAACUGCUGACUCCUCUGCUUUCCCCAAGAGUCACUGCCAAGAGUUUACCCUACAAAUUCAACACCUUCCCCCAGGGGUGACGGUGUGUGUGAUGUCUGUGCUUGGAGUAAAACCUGGUGAGAUGGGUGACAGCAUCAUACUGUCUCGUCUUGAGAAGGGAUCUGCCCCGGUCACUGUUCACAUCCCCACCUCUAAACAGCAACACCCCAUUAGUUGGCUGGUGCAGGAGAUAGAUACCAUUCAGGUGGAACAGAAGGUUGUCAGCAGUGUGUCUGAGAAAGCCAAGUGGUGGGAGGGCCGCAGGGCGCUCGACUCUCGAGUUGAGCAACUGUUGAAGGAGAUGGGGGGAUUGCUGGGAUGCUGGAGGAGCUUACUUCUACCCCUUUCACUGGAUCCUGAGCUCUCCAAACAGGCCCAACACCUUUGCAAGUCUUUGUCUGCAAAGGGAGUGACAGUCAGUGAGGAGAUGGUAAAGGCUGUGUUGUCUGCUUCUCCUGUGCUCUCCCAAGAAGACCUUCAAAGAUUUGCUUUGGGAGUUUCACCACAGUGGGACAUGGAGUGUGACCAACUUCUCCAUAAAGCAGUGUCACGGCUUGCUGACAGAGACGAGCCCCACGGCCACGUGGUUCUCAUCCUGGAUAAGUACCUCCAGAAGCUGCCCUGGGAGAGCAUCUCCAUUUUAAGAUCUCGCUCUGUCAGUCGGAUGCCUUCUCUGCACUCUCUAAUUGGACUGAGCAUUCAGAAAGAGUCUGACUCUCGGUCCAUCCUGAAGCAAGGUGUGGAUAUAAAGCAGGUGUUUUAUGUGCUGGACCCUGAUGCCAAUUUAGGAAACUCUCAAGACCGAUUCAAAGACUGGUUCAGCAGGAAACUGGACUGGGAGGGUGUGUGUGGAGUUGCGCCUGACUCGGGUGAGCUGGAAGAAGCUGUUGCAACCAAGGAUCUAUACAUUUACGUGGGUCACGGUGCAGGCGCGCGAUUCCUUGACAGCCAGGUGGUCCUAAAACGGCAGAUGAGAGCAGCCUCUCUGCUCUUUGGUUGCAGCAGUGCCGCUCUGGCAGUGUGCGGGGAUCAGGAAGGACAAGGCAUCAUCCUCAGCUACCUUAUGGCAGGAUGCCCCUUCAUUUUGGGAAACCUGUGGAACGUGACAGAUCGGGAUAUUGAUCGCUUCACUCAAGCCUUGUUGGAGUCCUGGUUAUCUGCUGGUUCUGGAGCUCCCCUCCUGGACUUUAUGGGCCCAUCACGUCAGGCCACAUACCUGAAACACCUGAUAGGAGCCGCACCUGUGGUCUAUGGCUUACCAGUCCACCUGCAGUAGGUGGCCUGAUUAGCCAAAACUCUUCUAUUUCCAAACCAGUGUCACCAUAGUAUAAAUUAUUUUGAAUAUCUUGCUAAUUUUUUAAGUGUUUAAAUGGACUUUUAAUGUGUUGAUUGAGCAACAAUUUUUGAAUAAAAG